AUGAAGAAAAUGAAUCUUUUAUCGAAGGAUCAGAAAAAAUUGGGUCCGGAUCUCCUGCGGGAAUUUUUUGAAGAUCCAAAACCAAAAAGAGUGGUAUUUGCUAGCAACAACAUAAUGGAGGCAGUCAAUCAAUAUAGAUUGAUCCGAAAUCUGAUUCAAAUCCAAUUCCAAUAUAGUCCCUAUGGGUACAUAAGAAAUGUAUUGAAUCGAUUCUUUUUAAUGAAGAGACCUGAUCGCAACUUCGAAUAUGGAAUUCAAAGGGAUCUAAUAGGAAAUGAUACUCUGAAUCAUAGAACUAUAAUGAAAGAUACGAUCAACCAACAUUUAUCGAAUUUGAAAAAGAGUCAGAAGAAAUGGUUCGAUCCUCUUAUUUUUCUUUCUCGAACCGAGAGAUCCAUAAAUCGGGAUCCUAAUGCAUAUAGAUACAAAUGGUCCAAUGGGAGCAAGAAUUUCCAGGAGCAUUUGAAACAUUUCGUUUCUGAGCGGAAGAGCCGUUUUCAAGUAGUGUUCGAUCGAUUAUGUAUUAAUCAAUAUUCGAUUGAUUGGUCUGAGGUUAUUGAUAAAAAAGAUUUGUCUAAGUCACUUCGUUUCUUUUUGUCCAAGUUACUUCGUUUUUUGUCCAAGUUACUUCUCUUUUUGUCUAACUCACUUCCUUUUUUCUUUGUGAGUUUCGAGAAUAUCCCCAUUCAUAGGUCUGAGAUCCACAUCUAUGAAUUGAAAGGUCCGAACGAUCAACCCUGCAAUCAGUUGUUAGAAUCAAUAGGUCUUCAAAUCGUUCAUUUUAAAAAAUUGAAACCCUUUUUAUUGGAUGAUCAUAAUACUUCUCAAAAAUCGAAAUUCUUGAUCAAUGGAGGAACAAUAUCACCAUUUUUGUUCAAUAAGAUACCAAAGUGGAUGAUUGACUCAUUCCAUACUAGAAAGAAUCGCAGGAAAUCUUUUGAUAACACGGAUUCCUAUUUCUCAAUCGUAUCCCACGAUCAAGACAAUUGGCUGAAUCCCGUGAAACCAUUUCAGAGAAGUUCAUUGAUAUCUUCUUUUUCUAAAGCAAAUCGACUUCGAUUCUUGAAUAAUCCACAUCACUUCUGCUUCUAUUGUAACAAAAGAUUCCCUUUUUAUGUGGAAAAGGCCCGUCUCAAUAAUUCUGAUUUUACGUAUGGACAAUUCCUCACUAUCUUGUUCAUUCACAACAAAAUAUUUUCUUCGUGUGGUGGUAAAAAAAAACAUGCUUUUUGGAGAGAGAUACUAUUUCACCUUCGUCAAUCGAGUCACAGGUAUCUAACAUAUUCAUAUCUAACGAUUUUCCACAAAGUGGUGACGAAAGGUAUAACUUGUACAAAUCUUUCCAUUUUCCAAUUCGAUCCGAUCCAUUAGUUCGUAGAGCUAUUUACUCGAUUGCAGACAUUUCUGGAACACCUCUAAUAGAGGGACAAAGAGUAAUUUGGAAAGAACGUAUUGUCAAACUCUUUCAGAUAUGAAUCUAUCCGAUUCAGAAGAGAAGAGCUUGCAUCAGUAUCUCAAUUUCAAUUCAAACGUGGGUUUGAUUCACACUCCAUGUUCUGAGAAAUAUUUACAGAGGAAAAAACGGAGUCUUUGCCUAAAAAAAUGCGUUGACAAAGGGCAGAUGGAUAGAACCUUUCAACGAGAUAGUGCUUUUUCAACUCUCUCAAAAUGGAAUCUAUUCCAAACAUAUAUGCCAUGGUUCUUUACUUCGACAGGGUACAAAUAUCUAAAUUUGAUAUUUUUAGAUAUUUUUUCAGACCUAUUGCGGAUACUAAGUAGCAGUCAAAAAUUUGUAUCCAUUUUUCAUGAUAUUAUGUAUGGAUUAGAUAUAUCAUGGCGAAUUCUUCAGAAAAAAUUGUGUCUUCCACAAAGGAAUCUGAUAAGUGAGAUUUCGAGUAAGUCUUUACAUAAUCUUCUUCUGUCCGAAGAAAUGAUUCAUCGAAAUAAUGAGUCAUCGUUGAUAUCGACACAUCUGAGAUCGCCAAAUGUUCGUGAGGUCCUCUAUUCAAUCCUUUUCCUUCUUCUUGUUGCUGGAUAUAUCGUUCGUACACAUCUUCUCUUUGUUUCCCGAGCCUAUAGUGAGUUACAGACAGAGUUCGAAAAGAUCAAAUCUUUGAUGAUUCCAUCAUACAUGAUUGAGUUGCGAAAACUUCUGGAUAGGUAUCCUACAUCUGAACAGAAUUCUUUCUGGUUAAAGAAUCUUUUUCUAGUUGCUCUGGAACAAUUAGGAGAUUGUCUAGAAGAAAUACGGGGUUCUGGCGGCAACAUGCUAUGGGGUGGUGAUCCCGCUUAUGGGGUCAAAUCAAUACGUUCUAAGAAGACAGAUUUGAAAAUAAACUUCAUCGAUAUCAUCGAUCUCAUAAGUAUCAUACCAAAUCCCAUCAAUCGAAUCACUUUUUCGAGAAAUACGAGACAUCUAAGUCAUACAAGUAAAGACAUCUAUUCAUUGAUAA